CUUGUCAAACAGAGGGCCUUGAAGGGAGUUUCAAACACAACGAAAAACGUGAACAUUUCGGAGAGAACUGACUGGAAAAAUGGCCUCUAAUAUGGAACUGACUGUUGCAAUUCCGCGCCAAAAGCUUAAUAAAAUUACUGAAGAGUUCAAUGACAAGUGGAGCAAACGACUCCGUAAUUAUCAUGCCACUUAUGAGCAGAAUUGUUCCGAUUUCGAACACUAUCAGCAGGAGAGAUUUCAAAUUUCACAGAAGCUUGCGAUCAUUGUGGACACUUUAAAAGACAUACAAUCUGAUCUGGAAGAGCUUGGAAUUGAAAGAACUCUGCACUCUCAUCCCGCUCAGGAGGCAGCUUUUGUUACAAAAUCUGAAGGUUUGAAAAAGGCAGCUAAACCAGAAUCUAGUCACGAUGAGCCAGAAAGCUCUAAAAAAUGCCUCUGUGUUAUAUCAUAG